AAACCUGUAACCCCGCCCAUUUCCCCAGCAGCCAAGAAGCUGCAGUGCAGUGCAGUGCAGUGGUCGUUAAUCUUUCCCGGAGCGUAGCGAUGGAAGGGGUGUUCAAACCGGCCCUAAAUCUCGGCAACAGCGUCAUUGGAGUGGGGAUCCUCGCCAUGCCUUACUGCAUAGAGAAGUGUGGACUGGUGCUGGGCCUCUCUCUCCUUGCUCUCAGUGCCACGUUCACCAUCUGGUCCCUCAAGAUGCUCGUCCGCUCCGCCCAACUCACACACAAGUCCUCCUACGAACAGCUCGCAUACCAUACCUUUGGUCGCCAUGGUAAACUGGUCAUUGAGCUCAGUAUAAUUGGCCUGACCAUCGGUUGUCUCACCUCUUUCUUCGUCGUCAUUGGCGACCUGGCCCCGCCCAUUGUCGCCAAUUCCCUCGGAAUUAACUGGGUGAGUUGUUUUGUUCUGCCAUCUCCCUCCAAACUUUCAUCGUUUCCUACAUAUACAUAGACCCAUGCGGGAAAGUUACUGAGUGUUAUUAUGUGCAGUCCCCCAGUUACCUGAGGAUGGGUCUAAUGAUGUUCUUUGCCUUUGCCAUCUCCCUCCCUCUCUCCCUCCUCCGGAACAUCGACAGUCUCAGUGGUGUCGCCAUUUCUUCACUCUUCUUCUACUCCUGCCUUCUCAUCCGGGUUGUGCUGAUGUCAUUGACGUCCCUAGUCAACACGGAUGUCUGGAGAACAGUUUCGCUUGUCAAAUUUGAUGGUCUUCUUCACUGCCUGCCUAUCUGUGCCCUCGCUCUCUCAUGCCACCCGCAAAUGUUUGUCAUUUACAUCCAGAUGGCCGACCCGUCUAUUAGAAAGAUGUCCACUGUUAUCAACGGUUCCAUCUACAUGGUUGCCACGGGUUACGGUCUCAUGGCAUUCUUUGGCUACAUGAUGUUUGUCCGAGACGGGAUUAAAGGCGACGUGCUCACUAAUUUCCCCCACGACGGUCUGUCCCAGCUGUUUAGAUUUGGUUUCUCACUGUCAGUUGUGGUGGGUUUUCCUCUGGUUGUGUUCCCGGUCCGUGCCAGCAUCUAUUCCCUCCUCUUCUCGAAGCAAACUUCCAGUGCCGAGCCCAUUCCAGCCCGGAUCUUCAACCUCAUUACAGUCGCGAUAAUUACAGGGACGCUCACCAUUGCUCUCCUGGUGCCCAAUGUGGAGGUUGUACUGACGUUGACCGGUGCCACCACUGGAAGUAUCGUCAGCUUCAUCUUCCCAUCUCUCAUCUUCCUCUCCGUGGUCGGCUCUCACGCUCCCUUCAGCAACAGGGCAAAGUUCCUGGCAGUGUUGGGUGUCCUGGUGAUGGUGGUAGGCACUGCUACCAUUAUCAGUGAGCACAUGAGAGAAGACGAUGGUCGUCAUCUUCCUGGUUCCAAGGACUUUCCUCGACCAUUCGUCCCUCAGGCCAAGGGUCCAGUUGCCAUAGACGAUGCUGUACUUAAUCUCCCAGCUGCUGUCAAUGCCCCUCAAUUACCUGAAGGUGAUGGGGGCGAUGUCAUUAAGAAUGAUGUCAUUGGAGAUGAUGUAAUGGAAAAAGAGGGGGUGCACAUACCGGCGGUGGUUGUAGUGGAGGAGGGGAAGAUGGAGGAAGGGGUGAGG